GGAGGCGGGGCUUGGGGCUGUCAGUCCGGGCCCGCCGCCGCUGCCGCGGCUCCUUGCAUGCUGUGGCCCGGGUGGGUGCCAGCGCUGCCGCGCCGCCCGCGCCUGGCAUCCCGAGCGGCCUCCUGCGUCCCGGCCCGGCUCGCAGGUGUUCAUGAGAAAAAUGCACAAAAUCCCGACUGACCGGAAUAAUUCAUGAAGAAGGGGCUGAAUCCGUGGGUCAGAGAACACAGGACCAGUUUGCCAUCCCAAGGCGGAAGGCCUCCCUCCGACACAGUUCUCGGAGCUUUUAGAAAUCUCUGACACAUCUCUACCAUGACGGCACAGCUGAUGUCUGACAGGAUCUGAGAUAUAAACUCAGCAGUCCUUGAAGUAGUUCAUGGAGGAGCCUCAAGAGACGCUGGCCAGGAAAGCUCUCGCCUGCAGAGGGAAGAACCGUGCGUGAGGCAGCUUCAACAGGAGUGGACAUGAACACUGGUUUCCAGAGAGAAGAGCGUUUUAGUUUUGGUCACCGGAAGUGGUGCCUUCAGCACAGAAGAGCGUGAUUUCUCCUCCAAGGCCAUUGAUCUCCAACACAGAACUAAAGGGAAGAAAAGGCUGUGACCGAGCCACCCCUGCAUCCAGUGUAACAUCUCUUGGGCAAGGACCAGGGAUGACUGGGCCAUGGACACAGAAGUCUCCAACCUUCAGCCUUUCCCAUAGUACACAGAGGACUCGUGGGGGACACUUGCCACUGCCAACCAAAACAGUACAAUGGCAAUACUGACAUCCUCCAUGACAUUUUCAUGGCAGACAUCCCAGCAGGAAAUGCUGGUGUGCCUUCUGUCUACAGAGUAGAGGACCAUGCCUCACCAACAUGAACAGCUCAGGCUCUGAUGACCUGCUCUGAGUCUGCUUGCAGCCAGUGACACUUGCAAAAAACUCCAAAGCCGUCUUGGCCUUGGCUUCCACAGUUCUUGACCAAUGUGGCCGAAGCUGGACAACUCCCUGGGACACAAGGAUUAUUUGUAAAUGCAGCCUGCCCCAAACCUCCCUGAGUAGCAUCUGAAGUCUCUGUGAAGGUCAUGGAUCCUGAACAAAGCAUCAAGGGCAUCAAGAAGGCAGAGGGAAGUCCCCGGAAGCGGCUAACCAAAGGUGAGGCCAUUCAGACCAGUGUUUCUUCCAACGUUCCAUACCCAGGCAGCGGCACAGCUGCCACCCAAGAGACUGCCCCCCAAGAGCUCCUAGCCCCGCAGCCCUUCCCGGGCCCCUCAUCAGUUCUUAGGGAAGACUCUCAGGAGAAAACGGGCCAGCAGCAGAAGCCCUCCAAGAGGCCCCCCAUCGAAGCCUCUGUCCACAUCGCGCAGCUUCCACAGCACCCUCUGACACCAGCAUUCAUGUCACCCAGCAAACCUGAGCAUCUCCUGGAGGGGUCCACGUGGCAGCUGGUUGACCCCAUGCGACCUGGACCCUCUGGCUCCUUUGUGGCCCCUGGGCUCCACCCACAGAGCCAGCUCCUCCCUUCUCACCCCAUCCUUCCUCCUGAGGACCUGCCAGGCAUCCCUAAGGUCUUUGUGCCCCGUCCCUCCCAGGUCUCCCUGAAGCUUACAGAAGAGGCACAAAAGAAGGAACGGAAACCCCAGAAGCCGGGCAAGUACAUCUGCCAGUAUUGCAGCCGGCCCUGUGCCAAGCCCAGUGUGCUCCAGAAGCACAUCCGCUCACACACUGGCGAGAGGCCCUACCCCUGCGGCCCCUGUGGCUUCUCCUUCAAGACCAAGAGCAACCUCUACAAGCACAGGAAGUCCCAUGCCCACCGCAUCAAAGCUGGCCUGGCCUCCGGAAUGGGUGGUGAGAUGUACCCACCAGGGCUGGAAAUGGAGAGGAUCCCUGGGGAAGAGUUUGAGGAGCCUACCGAGGGAGAAAGCACAGACUCAGAAGAGGAAACUAGCACCACAUCUGGUCCCACUGCAGAGCUCUCCCCAAGACUUAAGCACCCCCUCCUUUCCAGUGGUUUAUACAGCUCAGGGAGCCACGGUUCCAGCCACGAACGCUGUUCCCUGUCCCAAUCCAGCACAGCGCCAUCACUCGAGGACCCCACUCCAUUUGCAGAACCCUCAUCUGAGCAUCCCCUGAGCCAUAAACCCGAAGACACCCACACAAUUAAGCAGAAGCUGGCCCUCCGCUUAAGUGAGCGAAAGAAGGUGAUUGACGAGCAGGCGUUUCUGAGCCCAGGCAGCAAAGGCAGCACCGAGUCUGGGUAUUUCUCACGCUCUGAGAGCGCCGAACAGCAGGUCAGUCCCCCAAACACCAAUGCUAAGUCCUACGCAGAGAUCAUCUUCGGCAAGUGUGGGCGGAUCGGGCAGCGGACUGCCAUGCUGACGGCCACCUCCACCCAGCCACUCCUGCCCCUGUCCACUGAAGACAAGCCCAGCCUGGUGCCUUUGUCUGUGCCCCGGACACAGGUGAUCGAGCACAUCACAAAGCUCAUCACCAUCAAUGAGGCCGUGGUGGACACCAGUGAGAUUGACAGUGUGAAGCCAAGGAGGAGCUCGCUGACCAGGCGCAGCAGCAUGGAGUCCCCCAAAUCCAGCCUCUACCGGGAGCCCGUGUCAUCCCACGGUGAGAAGACAAAGCCGGAACAAUCACUGAUGAGCCUCCAGCACCCAUCCAGCACCAACCCCCCUGUGCCUCUCCUGAGAAGCCACUCAAUGCCUUCUGCCGCCUGCACUAUCAGCACCCCGCACCACACCUUCCGAGGUAGCUACUCCUUUGACGACCACAUCCCUGAUUCUGAGGCCCCUAGCCGCAGCAGUCCAGUGUUUACCUCCCAUCCCCGGAUGCUGAAGCGCCAGCCAGCCAUCGAACUGCCUUUGGGAGGUGAGUACAGUGCCGAGGAAGCUGGACCAAGUAGCAAAGAGACAGCCUCCAAGCCCUCUGAUGAUCCAGAGCCCAAGGAAAGCGAACUUACCAAAAAGACCAAGAAAGGGUUGAAAACGAAAGGGGUGAUCUAUGAAUGUACCAUCUGUGGUGCUCGGUACAAGAAAAGGGAUAAUUAUGAAGCACAUAAAAAGUACUACUGCUCAGAGCUCCAGAUUGCAAAGCCCCUCUCUGCAGGUGCCCAUGCAACUCCUGAAGCUGAUAAGAGCCAGGUAGAGCAUGAACCGUGGUCCCAGAUGAUGCAUUAUAAACUGGGGCCCACCUUAGAGCUCACUCCAUUGAGGAAGAGAAGGAAAGAGAAGAGCCUUGGGGAUGAGGAGGAGCCGCCUGCCUUUGACGCAACAAAAAGUCAGUUUGGCAGCCCUGGGCCAUCUGACACUGCUCGGAACCUUCCCCUAGAGUCCACCAAGUCACCAGCAGAACCAGGUAAAUCAGUGCCCUCUUUGGAGGGACCCACGGGCUUCCAGCCAAGGACUCCUAAGCCAGGGUCUGGUGCAGAAUCAGGGAAGGAGAGGAGAACAACAUCCAAAGAAAUUUCAGUCAUCCAGCACACCAGCUCCUUUGAGAAAUCUGACCCUCUCGAGCAGCCCAGUGGCCUGGAAGGGGAAGACAAGUCCCUGGCCCAGUUUUCAUCCCUGCCGCCUGCCCCACAAGGACGCUCAGCUCACUCCCUGCAGCCCAGGUUGGUCCGCCAGCCUAACAUCCAGGUCCCUGAGAUCCUGGUGACUGAGGAGCCGGAUCGGCCUGACACGGAGCCUGAGCCACCCCCAAAGGAACCCGAGAAGACAGAGGAGUUCCAGUGGCCCCAGCGCAGCCAGACACUCGCCCAACUCCCUGCUGAGAAGCUGCCACCCAAGAAGAAAAGGCUGCGCCUGGCAGAGAUGGCCCAGUCAUCGGGGGAAUCCAGCUUCGAGUCAUCUGUGCCUCUGUCUCGCAGCCCGAGCCAGGAAAGCAGUGUCUCUCUGAGUGGGUCCAGCCGCUCUGCCUCAUUUGACAGGGAUGAGCAUGGGAAAGCGGAGGCCACUGGGCCCUCAUCAGACUUUCGUCCCAAACCCUUGGGCUCCCACAUGCUGACUGUCCCCAGCCACCACCCACAUGCUCGGGAGAUGCGGAGGUCAGCAUCAGAGCAGAGCCCCAACAUUUCCCAUUCUGCUCACAUGACCGAGACACGCAGCAAAUCCUUCGACUAUGGUAGCUUGUCCUUGACAGGCCCUUCUGUCCCAGCCCCAGUGGCUCCCCCAGUCUCAGUAGCCCUGCCAGAGAGAAGAAAAUGCUUUUUGGUCAGACAGGCCUCUCUGAGCAGGCCUCCAGAAACUGAGCCAGAUGCCACCCCCAAGGGAAGACAGGAUGCUGAGGAACCACAGCCUUCAUCCAGCAAACCUUCCACCAAAACCUUGUUGCCCCAGGUCUCUUCAGCAGCCACCUUGCACAGUGGGCACCUAGGAGGCAAGAGCCAGGUGCAAGACAGGCCUCCACUGGGGUCUACUCCACCCUACACAGAAGCUCUGCAGGUGCUCCACCACCCUGUUGCCCAGCUGCCCCUGCAGGACAAACCAUACCUGCCCCCGCCAGUUUCUCUCUUCUCUUUCCAGCACCUCUUGCAGCACGAGCCAGGACAGUCUUCAGAAUUCUUCUCCACACAGGCCAUGUCCAGCCUCCUCUCCUCCCCAUACUCCAUGCCCCCACUCCCUCCCUCUUUAUUCCAAGCCCCACCACUUCCACUCCAACCCACUGUUCUGCACCCAGGCCAGGUUCAUCUCCCCCAGCUGCUGCCUCACCCUGCCAACAUCCCCUUCCAGCAACCCCCUUCCUUUCUCCCUAUGCCAUACCCUGCCUCCUCGGCACUCUCUUCUGGCUUCUUCCUGCCUCUACAAUCUCAGUUUGCACUGCAGCUCCCUGGCGAUGUGGAAAGCCAUCUGCCUCCAAUCAAAACCACCCUGGCCCCACUGGCAACGGGAUCUCCUGGCCCCUCCUGCAGCAUAGGGCACAGCAGUGAUAUGCAGCUACCCCCGACAGCUCCUCCAGCCAGCUCCUCAGCACCCACAUCAGCCCCUCCACUGGCCUUGCCUGCCUGUCCAGACACCAUGGAGUCCCUGGUUGUGCCCGUCCGCAUUCAGACCAACAUGCCGUCCUAUGGGAGUGCAAUGUACACUACCCUUUCUCAGAUCUUGGUCACACAGUCCCAAGGCAGUUCAGCCAGUGCACCUCUUUCCAAGGGUGAGGAGGCCCCAUCCAAGGGAUUUGCUGUAUGUGGGGCAGAUAUGUAUGAGGCUGGGCCUGGACCAUCUGGGUUAAGUGAAGAGCAAAACAGAGGUUUCCAGACUCCAUACCUGAGAGUGCCUGUGACACUGCCUGAAAGGAAAGGUAUGUCCCUAUCAUCAGAGAGUGUCUCAAGCCUAGAGGGAAGUUCAUCGACAGUAGGAGGAAGCAAGCGAGUCCUUUCACCAGCUGGCAGCCUUGAACUUACCAUGGAAACCCAGCAGCAAAAAAGGGUGAAGGAGGAGGAGGCCUCCCAGGCAGAUGACAAACUUGAGCUGGUAAAACCAUGCAGUGUAGUGCUAACCAGCAUGGAGGAGGGGAAGAGGACAGAGAAGUCCCACCUGGGAAGCCAGGGCCAAGGCAGGAAGGACCUGGAAGCACUGUCCAGCCUGUCCUCAGUUCCAACUGACCCACAGGAGAUUCCUUCCCUCCCUCACCCCACAUUGCCCCAUGGGACAGCCCCAGGCUCAGAAGCUUUGAAGGAAUAUACCCAGCCACCUGGAAAACCUCACAGAAGAGGGUUGCCCCCACUGAGUGUGAAGAAAGAAGAUUCUAAGGAACAACUGGACCUCCCUCCCCUGGCACCUCCCAGCUGUCUGCCUCUGUCCCCCAGACCAGCCAAGUCACAAGAAGGUACGGACUCAAAGAAGGUACUGCAGUUCCCCAGCCUCCACACAACCACUAAUGUCAGUUGGUGCUAUUUAAACUACAUUAAGCCAAAUCACAUCCAGCAUGCAGAUAGGAGGUCCUCUGUUUAUGCUGGUUGGUGCAUAAGUUUGUACAACCCCAACCUUCCAGGGGUUUCCACUAAAGCUGCUUUGUCCCUCCUGAGGUCUAAGCAGAAGGUGAGCAAAGAGACAUACACCAUGGCUACAGCUCCACAUCCUGAGACAGGAAGGCUUGUGCCAUCAAGCUCCCGCAAGCCCCGCAUGACAGAGGUGCACCUCCCAUCACUGGUUUCCUCAGAAGGCCAGAAAGAGGUAGCUAGAGCGGAGAAGGAAGAAGAGAAGCAAGGGAAGCCGGAGGAGGAUGCUCCUACCUCCAAGAGAGCGGAGCCGGCAAGGAUCAAAAUCUUCGAAGGAGGGUACAAAUCAAACGAAGAGUAUGUAUAUGUGCGAGGCCGCGGCCGAGGGAAAUAUGUUUGUGAGGAGUGUGGAAUUCGCUGCAAGAAGCCCAGCAUGCUGAAGAAACACAUCCGCACCCACACUGACGUCCGGCCUUAUGUGUGCAAGCACUGUCACUUUGCUUUUAAAACCAAAGGGAAUCUGACUAAGCACAUGAAGUCGAAAGCCCACAGCAAAAAGUGCCAAGAGACAGGGGUGCUGGAGGAGCUGGAAGCCGAAGAAGGAACCAGUGAUGACCUGUUCCAGGACUCGGAAGGGCGAGAGGGCUCCGAGGCUGUGGAGGAGCACCAGUUUUCAGACCUGGAGGACUCAGACUCAGACUCAGACCUGGAUGAAGAUGAGGAUGAAGACGAGGAGGACAGCCAAGAUGAGCUGUCCAGGCCAUCCUCAGAGGCUCCCCUGCCUGGCCCACCAGCCACACUGCGGGCAGACUCCUCACCCGUUCAGAGCCCUCAGCCCCCAGAUGCCACCUCUGACAACAAGGCCACAAGAAGCAGCUCCGUCUCAGAAGCUGAGCACUUGACAGCCAGCAGCUGCUCCACAUCCAACCAGAGCAUCCUGGACCAUCCCCAGCUGCGACUGGCCCCAUCGGGCCCUGUGGAGAAGGACACAGGCUCAGCCCUGAGCUCCAAGGCCAUGUCCCCUAGAAGGCCAUGGUCCCCAAGCAAAGAAGCAGGAAGCUGCCCACCACUCACCCACAAACACUCAAUAACCAAAAAUGACUCAUCUCCGCAGCGAUGUUCCCCGGCCCCAGAACCACAGGCCUCAGUCCCAAGCACGCCUGGCCCCCAAAUGGGCCCAGGAAAGGACAUGGGCCCUCCUCCUUGCAGGUCUCCAAGACUUGAGCUGUCUCCUCUCACUCUCCACCCCAUGGGAAGAGAAUUACCCCCUCGGGGGCAUCCACCUCCUAAACUUGAGGGCACCACAGACCCAGGCCCCUCCAAACACUCACCCACCAGGAGAUGGUCUCUGGGUCAGGCCAAGUCACCACCGUGGUCAGCGCUGCCAGGGAAGUGGCCGCUGGCUGGGCCAGGCAGCCCCUCCAUGGGCAAGCAUGGCCCAGGCUUGGGGCCAGCUCCACUAGUUCUCUUCCCACCUGCGCCUCUACCUCACAAACUUCUCGACAGAAGCCCUGAGCCCUGCACCUCCAUGUGGAAGGCCGAGCUCCGAAGUCCAUCCUGCUCACCUGGCCCUGCUCAUCCUCUCUCCUCCCGACCCUUCUCCACCCCUUACGACUUCCAUGGCCACAUCCCAGCCCGGACAGAGGAGAACGUCUUCAGCCACCUGCCUCUACACUCCCAGCACCUGGCCCGCACCCCAUGCCCCCUUAUUCCCAUCGGUGGGAUCCAGAUGGUGCAACCCCGGCCAGGAGCCCACCCCACCCUGCUACCAGGGCCUUCUGCGACCUGGGUCAGUGGCUUCUCAGGGGAUGGCAGCGACCUGACAGGGGCCAGAGAGGCCCAAGAGCGAAGCCGCUGGAGUCCCGCUGAAAGCUCAUCAGCCUCCGUGUCCCCUGUGGCUAAGGUCUCCAAGUUCACACUGUCCUCGGAGCUGGAGGGCAGGGACUACCUGAAGGAGAGGGAAAGGACAGGCGGAGGCCUGGGCAGACCUCCCGACUGGAAGCCCGCAGAGCCUCCACCCACACAUGGCCCCUGCACCCCGCGGCCACCCCAGGGCCACCAGGCCACACAGUCCUGGAGCCCCUGCUUGGAGUCACCGCACACACUGGCCAAUCCCGAGGCCUCUGCCACUCCAACACUGGACCGCAGCAGCUCCAUGGGCUGCCUAGCCGAGGCCUCUUCUUGCUUCCCAGCCCGGAGGAGGAACCUCUCUGGGGAACCCAGGACCAGGCAGGGCUCCCCGGAGCCCUCAGGUAGUGGGGAGCCCGGGGCACCUCCACCUCAGCCCAAGGACAGGGACCCCCUGGACACUUAGCCUCUCUCCAACUGACUCAGCAUCUGGCUUCCGGUGUUCAGCAACAGACGUUUCCAGCCAACUUCCUCAAGUCACCUUGCUCCCACGCGCUCCCUUUCCCAGUGUCCAUCUGUCCACGCAGCUUCUGCUCAGCCCCCAUCUGUUCUAGCUUCCCAUGUAUGCAGUGCCUGUGCCUUUUCUAUACCUUUUGUUGCUUGACAAGAGAAAAAAUAAUCACAUACCUACACAAAACAAAACCCGCAAGGAGCUUGAGGCUGUGAAAAGUUUGUAUUUUGGGGGAAAGGCUGAGAAUGGGGACCUCCUUACCUCUACCGUGGCAGGCAGUUGGCAGCUGCACCAGCCCCAAGACCGGCCAGUCAUUUGCUAAAGAAAAGGAGAUGCACUAGGGGAGAGCAACCGAUACGUCAAAAAAUAUCAUUAAACGUAGAAGCGAGGACUCCUGUGUACAGAUGUUCAUGGUUCCUGUUCAUUACUGCUUUAUCCCGCCCCAGUGAGUGGCUACUCCUCUCUGCCAGGAGAAGGACCAGUGGCCUGAGCCGGAGGGACACAAAUGCAGGCAGGGAGCCCCGCCCCCCCCCAGAAUUGUCUCUUUUUUCUUUUCUUCUUUGCGAGAAAAAAAAAAUUUAAGCAAAUUUGGUAGGAUUUCAACACAAAAUGAUAGGAGCAAGUAGAAGGCAGGAACUGGUGGGUUAGUCUCCAGGACCCCCAGAUGCCCAGGUAGUCUGAGCUAUGGGCCCAUCAUUGUCCAGCACAGGUGGAUAAGCCACCCUGGCCCCACCCUCCCUCCUGGCCCUCAGCUCCCUCUGGCCGGGCAAGGAGAUGUGAGUGUCCAUCUCCUGGCUCCUGGCCCGGCCAUAGGCUGUCUCUGCUAUUCUCAGAACUACCCACCAGGGUGAUGGGGCCAAGCUCCAGCCUAGAGCUGUUCCUGGGCCUGGCCUUGGUUCUGCUUCACCGGGGUCCCUGUGGUCCAAGAGGCCCUACUUCUUUCAUGUCUGGGCUUUUGCGUGCUCAGCACUGGAGGCUCAGGGGACCCAUCUCUGGACCCCUUGCAGCAGGACUAGUUUCUCCAUCCCUGCACCCCACUGUCAGAUCGCCACUGCCCUACAAAACACUCCAAAUAAUAACUGGUAGCACCUCCUUGGGCCUAUUUGUUGGCUUGUAUCUCUUUAAUAACAACAACAAAUUAUAAAUCUAAAUCUUGAACAAGAGGAUGGUGUUUGGUACUUUCCCUAGCCUCUUCAGAUUCUCUUCCCUCCACCUAAAGGAUUUCCCCCUCCCUACAGCAAAAACCUGCUUUGUAAGAAAAAUAAUGUGACUAGAUAUUUAAAUCCCAACAUGGAACUGGACCUUUAGCAUGUUUACCCCAUGUAAUUAAAUGGAAAAGCAAGCAUGCUAUGUACAGGUGCCUAUGGUUCUCAUUUCCAAAUCAGCCACAGGUCUGUCCUCCAGCCAGACCACCUUGUUCUUUCUCCUUUGCUUGCUCAGAGCUAAGACAAAAAGGGAACACCAGGGCAGGACUUCCCUUGAGGUUCACUGGACUCCAAGGUACUGGGAAAUCAGACUAAUCAGUAGCUUCUGGCUGCUCGACUCAGUAUAGGACUCUUGCCCACGACAGGAGAAGCCAGCCAGCCCAGCAUGCACUAUACUGGCACUGUUUGGGCUUGGCAGGAAGUGGGUAGGAGCCUAACCCCCGGGCUCAGCUCAGGCCAGAAGCCAGGGCUCUCCUCUCCUUGCCUCUCAGCCCUAACCUAUGGGCUCUCGAGUUGGAGACUUUGAGGGCUGAGGCCUGGGAUCUGCAUAAAGAGCAUUUCCUCAGCCCUCCCUGGCCUUCCAGCCUUUCUGGGCAAGAUCUUCCAGCCCUAGGCUGCUGGACUAGCUUCUGACCUUGAGGUUGGCCACACCUGUCCACCCACCCUAUACCCCCAGCUCUCCAGACCAUCACUCAAACAGCCCACUCACUAAGGUCCCCUUCCUGGGCAGCCUUGCUAUGGACAGUACACCCAGCAGGGGAGAGUCCCCAUAGUCCCUGGCGACCAAAGGACUGCUAUCCCACACAGGUACCCAAAGGGACAAUCAGAUCCAGUUCUAAGCCCCUUUGCCAGACUCAGGGCUCAUUCGCAAGAGUACAGGGCACCCUGCCCACAUGCACACCUUCCUGACUUGGAAAAAUAUUCUCACCCUGGAGCUGGCCCUAGCUACUCUGAACUUGCAGUCUGCCAGUGAGGCUAUGGUCCCCAUUGCAAAAAGGAGGAAGUAGUGAUGAUUGGCUGAUGCAGACACCUGUGCUGAGCCAUGGCAAUGUGUGGACGGCCAUCCUUGGUUCAGACUAGCUCUGCUCCUUGGGUAUUGGUGGGGGGAGGUAGCAGUUUGCCAAGUUUUCAACCCAAACCUGUCUUCUGCUAGUUUCCAAGCCUCUUGUCCCCCUGACCUGCCCUCUAUGAUGCCCUUUACCCUGUGCAAUCCCACAGUCAUUCUAGGAGUACCAAUCCCCUCAAAAGGUAGGCCAGUGCCCUCCUGCACCCACCCAUAGCUUACAGUCUGGUCCCAACCACUGAGACCCUCCUGACAGCAGCAAGCUGCUCACCCUCCAACAGUCUGAAGUCUAUCCAAAAAUGUCUGAAUGAAAUGGCCUCCAUGUUUCUCUAGGGGCUGCUCCCUUCCUACCCAGUCCUUUGAAAUAGGAAUAAGCAAUAUAUCUGAGCUGAGUUCCUCUGUAGUCCUUGCUCCAGACAAAUCUUUCUUAAAGCAAAAGUCCUGGCUGAGCAGCCAUCCUAGGAGACAGACCGAUCUACCGUGUCACCCAGGGGGAAGAAGUUCCUGAAGGCCUAGGCCACAAAUUCUGCUUCCGUGUUGUGAUUCCAGUCUGCUUCCCAUUAGAAAACCGCAUCGGCACUUAUGAUCACUUUACUAAAUCUAAUGUUAAAAGAAAAGACACAGAGAAAAUGAAAAUGUGUAGGCAAAUGUAAGAUACACUCUGUAAGAUAAAUAUUUGCCUUUCUUUCCUAAAAGGUGUAUGUAUUCUGUAUGUGAAAUUGUCUGUAGAAAGUUUCUAUGUUCUUAAAUGGCAAUACAUUCCAAAAAUUGUACUGUAGAUAUGUACAGCAACUGCACUGGGAUGGGGUAGUUUUGCUUGUAAUUUUAUUUAAACUCCAAUUUCUACACUUGCAUCUUGCAAUGUUGGUAUGGUAUAUAUCAGUGCAAAAGAAAAAAAAACUCAACAAAAAAAUCCAUGCAGGUCUAAAGCACAGAGUCUGAUGUACAAAAGGAAAAAAUUGUUCAGUAUUGAUGUGUGUGAUCUUUGUUGUAAAUUACAUCUGUACUGUGAAUGAAGUUUUUACAAGUAUAAUAAUUGCCUUUAUUACAGCUCAGGCUGAGUGUUCAGCCUGAGAAUAUUUUUUAAAAAAAAAUAGCAUGUUGGAAUAAAUUUGAAAGUCCCAACAUAG